CUACCAACCGUCAGUUAUAUGUGUUCUGAGAUACAGUGCUGUAGUUUGUAUGUUACGUGUUAUUUUUUAUUUUGUGCAUUGUAUUGAAAUAACGAAGUGAAGUGAACGUUUUGCUUACUUUUUGAUCCAAAUUUAUGCAGUUAAUAUGUUGGUCGGACCACAAAAGUCUAAAGUCAGUGAGAACAAAUGUGCAAAGCCAUACUGUCAGUGUUUCAAGAAACGUGAACCAGUGCCAUGGAAGCAGGUGAACCCUUGCUCUUGUGGAGAAGACGUUGAAGUACGCGAAUGGAAAUGGCAGCAGCCCGAAGAGAGCCAGAGUUGGGUCGUGUUCGAGGACAACCAGAAACAAGUCACGUUCCACCCGUUUUACAGUUCUGGUACUGCUGCGGUUCGAGGGGACUCAGCUUUCAGCAGGGACCAUCAUUACUACUGGGAAAUCAAGAUGCUAACAGACACAUAUGGCACUGAUAUUAUGGUGGGCAUCGGCACCGACAAAGUCAACAUCGCCGACAGCCGGUUUAGGUUCACAUCGCUCCUCGGCGAGGACGAGCAUUCCUACGGGCUGUCUUACAAAGGCGCCGUGCGACACGACGCGAAGAAGACCGACAGUCCGGGCUUUUGUCGCGGCUCCAUAGUUGGCGUGCGUGUGGAUAUGUGGCAGGGCACGCUGGAGUUCUACCUCAACAGGAAACCGCAAGGAAUAUCCUUCUACAACCUCCGUCGCCAUCAAAACCUGUUCCCCAUGGUGUGCUCCACCGCAGCGCAGUCAACCAUGCGACUGAUAUACGCGGCGUCUUGGAGGGCGUCGUUACUGGUCGACGCGGCCAAGAUACUGUCAGCUUCAGUCAGUGAGGAAGAACGAGCGAGGAUACCGCCGGGGCUGUGGAGACUGUUCAGGCCGCAUUUCUGGAUGCUGAUGCCUACUGAAGGUGAGUUGUUUAAUUUACUUCUCGAUGUAGCUAAAACCAUAUCCACGGUGUGUUCCAUCACAGCGCAGUCAACCAUGCGACUGAUAUACGCGGCGUCUUGGCGGGCGUCGUUACUGGUCGACGCGGCCAAGAUACUGUCAGCUUCAGUCAGUGAGGAAGAACGAGCGAGGAUACCGCCGGGGCUGUGGAGACUAUUCAGGCCGCAUUUCUGCAUGCUGAUGCCUACUGAAGGUGAGUUGUUUAAUUUAUUUCUCGAUGUAGGUAAAACCAUAUCCACGGUGUGUUCCAUCGCAGCGGAGUCAACCAUGCGACUGAUAUACGCGGCGUCUUGGCGGGCGUCGUUACUGGUCGACGCGGCCAAGAUACUGUCAGCUUCAGUCAGUGAGGAAGAACGAGCGAGGAUACCGCCGGGGCUGUGGAGACUGUUCAGGCCGCAUUUCUGGAUGCUGAUGCCUACUGAAGAUUGCGUCCCCGACACAUCUCAACAAGAAGAGUCUCCCAUGGACUUUGAGGAAGUCAGCGAUAGCAUGCUGAGCGCCCUAUUCCCAAGCCCGUACAUGAACGGGUUCUACGUGGACAGCGUGCAGCCCGGCUACCGUCUCGUCGUAUGGGAGGACACCGGCAUUGUCAACUGAUAACACGGAUACGAUACUGAUAACGGAUUUAGAGGUCUGGAGGCCUCGGGCAAUAAAGGAGUGGAGGCCCCCUGGCCCCAAAUUAGUUUCCAAAUAAAAUGUUAAAUUUACCGAAGUCUCUAUUGUGGGGGCCCCUCUUUUGUGGAGGCCCCGGGGCUGUAGCCCCGGUUGCCCUCCCCUAAAUCCGGCCCUGUAUAACUACCUAGUUGCCUACUGAAGUCAGUCUUAGUCUUACUAUAAUAUUUUUCACAUAGCUUGAGCUCUGUGACAGGCUGACAGCUGUCAUCUCAAUACAAUUUCCAACCUUAAAAUGCCAAAUUGUAUUGAGAUGACAGCUGUCACAUAACCCAAGCUAUGUGAAAAACAUAGGGUUGGCCGGUCAAACAAAUUUACUGUCAACCCUACGAAUAGUGUCAAAUGAUGUUUUAUUUAUUAAAUUAGUUUUAUUCAUAAGAUGCCUAUCCAUUUAAGCCAAAUCUCAGAACAAAACUUGAGACAGUAAAGCAUAGAUGUCCUACAGAUGAUCCUACAUCCUAUAGAUUUGCUAUUCGCGUGCGCCCGUGAGGAACAGAACAUACGUAAUACGAAAAAAUUAAAAUCACGUUUUAAAAUUCCUGACUACAUACCAAAAACAACCUACGUAAUUUGGUCGGGUUAAUUGUUGCCCACCAUAAACCAUACUCAAAUUUACGGUGGGGUAUUUAAAAAAUGAGACUGUGACAAGGAUAAACAAUAAUAGCGCUUUCUCCGCUACUAUUGAAAGAUACAUAAGGCUGUCCCGUUCGAUCAUAUCCCCCACGCUGCUCAUGCCUGAUCCAGUUAUACUAGAUUCAUGCAGAAAACACCUAAGUAUACUGGCGCCAUCUAUUAUAGUUGCCAACCCCAUUCCUAAUGUUCCCUUUAGAGUAGACUAAUAGGUAUAGUUUGGCCCAGGACUGUCUCAUUUCAAACACAAACAGAGAUAAUCAUACUGUCUUUGUCUUACGCUAGUACUCUAGCACCCAAAAGAAAGGGAUAAGUAUAGUUUUCUUGGUUCCUUGGUAUUUCUGGUUGUGUUUGCCAGACUAUAGUGUAAUACCAGACGAUUAACACACCGACACUGCGAUCUGCCGCGACGAGACUGGUGAACCAGAGACAGGACGCGUCGCUCUCUCCAUACUCCAUCGCUGCAAUUGGGGCUGACAAUUGUCAAAAGUUUGUAAAGAUGACGCUUACAUAAGUUAAGACCUGACUCUAGCUUUGUUUAAGGGACUAGCAUCUAGGGCUAUAAAAAACAAGCAUUUGACAUUAUUCAUAGGACUGACGGGAAAAACCUAUGCUAGCGCUAUCUGUAAAAUACUUAGACCGCCUUUACAUAAAAGUCACUUCAUGUUUGAGUUCAGGGGGCCUACCGCGAAAACCGAAAUUCUCCAAUUGCGGGGAUCUUUCUCUUUUACUCUCUCUAAGACGUCAUUAGAGUGACAGAGAAAAAUGCCCGCAAUUGACGAACUUCGAUUUUCGCGGUAGGCCCCCUGAAUACCUCAAGACCUGGUGCGAGAUUGUUAGUUACUAUUAUAUAUUAUACACCUUCAACUUUAGCAUAAUAUAUCUGUAUCAUACCUACAGUAGGUAACCUACUGUAAGCAAGCCAAGCAAGGCGAGCCGUCUUCUGAGUCUGUCCUCAGAUGUGCAAGUUUUGGCAAACAGUGGAAAGUUUGAAAAUUUCGAUCCCCAUACAAAAUAUAAGUAUAUGAGAAACUUCCAAAAUUGUUCAAUAUGGAAAUAUCGCAAUUAUGGAAAGUUUCUGACGAGGCCUUUCUCAGUGCAAAGGACCACAAAUUAAUGGAUGGCUCAAGUCAGGAAUCUAACUCCGAACUGGCAUAAAUGGUACAAACGCGGAUUCAAUAACAUAAGUACCUACAGAUAAAGAUAGUUUAUUUUCCACGUAGGCAUAUUACAAUACGCUUAUGAACGUCAAAUAAAGCUACGCCGGUUCUAAGCCUACACGUCUGACCCGAAGUAGAUUUAAAUCCCUUCUAAAUUGUAGGUGACGUUGUGGGUUUUUCUAAACGAUGAAUGUGCCAAGAAAUUGUUCAAGAAAGAAUGUCCUUGAGCCCUAAAUUAUUAUAUAUACCUACCAACUUUAGCAAGGGUAUUUAGGUAUGAUUCAUUGUAUAUGCUUAGGUAAUAAUGGAUGAAAUUCUAAGUGUGAAAUGUGAAAGUGUGACGAGUUUAGUAGCUAUAACAGAGCGCAUGCGUGGUGCUGCAUGACCUCAGCUACGAAAAUAGCCACCGCUUGCGUUAGGUACUCUUCACGAAUGCGUGUAUAUUAUAUCCGUGUGCUGGACCUGUGCUGCGUUAUGCAUGCGGUGUGAUUUAGCCUUAAGUCUGAUCGUAAUAUUUGAAUAUGGGGUGUAACUAGGUAGUUAUUAUAGUACAGUACGCUGCAGAGAUAAGUAACCCCCUGCAUAUAAAUUUGUUUGCAGUUCUCUCUGCAGCUUACUGUACUUUUAUUAUACAACUCUUAGUUUUAGACAGAAAAAAAAAAACAAAUUACCAAAUCAAUGUUAGAGUCAGACCAAGAUAAGUUGACAGCGAUUUUGGCAGCUCAGACAGUGCAGGUGUUAUUUUUAACGUCAGGCUUCUAUGAAAUUAUGACGUUUACUUAACAGCUUGCACAGGCUGGGCUAUCAAAAUCGCUGCCAACUUAGCUUGGUCUGACUUUAACUUUUGGAAUUUAUUUCUAUAAAUAUUUUAGUUUACAUGAAGUAUACGGAUAAUACUAUUUUUAGACUAUGAUUAUCGUCAAUUCGUCAUUUAAACAUUUUAUUGAAAUAUAAACUAAUAAAUCUACCUAUAAUGUAGUUUUUAAAUAUCGUAAAUGUGUUCUAUGAAUUAUCCAUGUACGUUUUAGAUGUAUUAAAAUAAAGUACCUAUUUUACAAAUCAA